AUGAAGAAGCUUGAGAUUCAACAGUCGGUGCAGUUGGGCAUGGCUUCCGAGACGCAAAGCCACGGACCAAAUGCGAUGAUCCGACACCCACGGACCACGGCUGUGGCGAUCCCAUCGCAAGACGCUUUCGACGUGCGGGUCCUGGAGCACGUGAAGAUCUUUUGGUUUGAGAUGUUGUUGGAUCAAGGAGGCCAUUGGCUUGUGUUGGUGGAUGCCAGAGAGGAAGAGAAUACUGCGGAUGUUUACAAGGACCCGGGUCAGUGCACAGUCCCGGGUCUCGCAGCGAUGUCUCAUGAUUUCUCAAUGUUGAGUGCUUGGAGCCCCCAAGCCAUGAAUCAAGAUGGACCCUUCCCUCAUCCUUCGGAUUGGGACGAGACGACCCGAGACGGCAACGUCGCUGGGCUGGACGACUGGGCUGGGACGGCCAAGAACUUCAGAGACCUCAGGGAUCAGGGACGUCUGGUGCGUCCGCCCUUGCCGAAGCUCGAGACUGGGGACCUGCGCAUGACGCUGACGUUGCUCAGUAGCGAGGGCAUGGACUUCGAACCUUCGUGGAAGGACCUCCCAUUCCCUGAGAAGGUGGUGGAACCAGUGGUGGAUGAUGCACUCAUGGGCGGUGAAGAGGAGGGUUUGAAGCGCCACUCGGCAGUGGAUUGCCAUCUUCAGGUGGGCGAAGGCUUGUCAGACUACCUUUGGAAGACGGAUUUUGCGUUGAUCUUUGGCGAUUACCAAGCCUCGCGACUGGGACCUUGGCUCUCCCUCGGCAACCUCUCACCACGUAAGGUGUUCCAGGAGUGCCUUCGCUUCUGUGAGCACCACGGCAACGACGACGCCGACCCGCGCACCAAGCACGCGCGGCGCUUGAUCACGGAGCUCACCUGGCGCGACUUCUUCCGGUUCUAUGCUGGGAAACACGGCACCUUGGAACGAUGGAGCGUGGCAGCGUGGGGUGGCAGCGUGCAUCAACGCUGGCAGCGGUCGAAGGACUGGAUGCAGGAUGAGAGGAUCUUCCAGCUUUGGUCCAACGGACGCACAGGCUAUCCAUUGGUGGAUGCCUGUAUGCGUGAGCUUUCGAUCACGGGGUACACCUCCAACCAUGCGCGGAUGAAUGACGUCACCUCCAACUGGUGCAACUGGGUCCGCUGCGCUGGGCUCACUGAGAGCCGCCUGAGCUCCUUCAACGUGGUGCGACAGAGUCAGAAGUUCGACCCCAUGGGCCUCUACUUGCGCCGCUGGCUCCCCGAGCUUCAGGAAGUGCCACCUGAGCUGAUCCAUGAGCCGUGGCUGAUGACCAGCGAAGAGCUUGUGCGCUAUGGGGCCAGUGCCUACCCACAGCCCUGUGUGGAUCCCAGCUUCUUCGAGGGAACUCGGGAGGAGGUCCGGGUGGCUGCGGUACCGCUCCUGGAGGCCACCUACACUCGGCUGCUCGAGCGCGCACUGAGCGUGCAGGCGGCCGGACUUGGACCUCCUCCUGGUGCAGCGGGUGAGUCGGGAGCACGAGGAUCGGGGGAAGGAACCCCUGGGGCUGCGGAGGCAGGAGCCUCUGGGAAAUCGGGGGACACAUCUCCUGGAAAGUCGGGAGCGGCGGCUCCUGGUACAACCGGGGGUGAAGAGGCCCCUCCGCCUGGAGAAGAAGAGGGCGGUGGACGCAGCAGAGGCCGGGGCUUGCCACCCCUAGCCCGACUGCGGAAGCGAGAUCGACGAGACGAAGGUGAACAGGCCGUCGAGACUGAGGUCAAGGAGGAGCAGACAGUUGACAAGAGUGGACCCCUCGUGGACGUCAAGGAGAAGCGAUCCGACAAGAAGAAGGAGAAGGAGAGAAGCCAUAAGUCCAGAGCAUCGAAGGAAGGAGAGCCUGAGCAGGACAAGGAGAUCCCCGAGGAGGAAGCAGAGGAGAGGAGCGAGGAUAUGGCGCCCAAGAGGAGGCCAGCGGCCGAGGCGGGGCGGCCGAGGGUCGUGAGAAGACGGCCUGCCGCCCUGGAUGGAGAGGUCGAGGAUCAGUGGGUGCCCGCGGACGAGGUCACGUUGGCACAGAUGGAAGGUUGGGCACAGAUGCGUGUACAGGGAGAAUAUUGGGAGGAGGCCGUCGACUGCACCGUGGAGAUGAUCGAACUGAGGGCCAGCAGGGGAGACAGGGAGCUCCUAGGCAAGGCAGUGGGCACUUCAAGCGAGGCCCUUCUCCGAUACAUCAGCGGGGUGCCGGAAAAAACAGUGCGACUUCAUCUAUGCGGACGAAGGUGCGACAGGAAGACUUGGGAGGACGGGCUGAUCCAUGUGACCCAGCUCAAGCAACAUCGCGCCGGAGAAGUAUCUUGGGAGAAGAAUUUAGAGAGCAGUCGAGCGGAGGCAGAGAGAGACGAGUUAGAGCGCGUUCGACUAGAAGCUGCAGCCCGUGGGAAAGGAAGAGGGCUACCGGCCGGCCCGAAAGCCGCUGCAGAGAAGGUCGACGCCCCUGGAGUGUCGGGGGAAUCCGAGGAGCAGAAGAAAAAGAAGAAGAAGAAGAAAAAGACAAAGCUGAGGAUGGAGCCAGUGAAGGACCAUACCACGCUCUUCAAGAACACAGGCAUGGACGCGGACCCCGUGAAGCGGAAGAGAUUCAGGCGCCGCGCCAAGAAGCUGACCAAGAAGUCCCGGAACAAGGACAGUGCAUCGACCGGGAGUUCAGAGAGUUCGGACUCCUCGAGCAAGGUCAGCGAAGGCGAGGACUAUUUCGGGGAGCUGUUCACACCUCAGACAAGCACCCAGAGAAUGUGGGAAAGACUGCCAGGUGUAUUGACUGCCCAGUUGCUACAAGAUGCUCAACGCAGCAUGCUAUUGCAGAUGGGAAGUAUGGCCUCGACUUCAGGACAGUUGCAACCGCUGACGUCUCAAUACGUGAGGCAACAGAUGGGAGCAUCCAUGUCGCCGGUGAUCUAUCGAGAAGCCAUCCAUUGGGCUGCAACCCUGGACCUGAUGGUUCAGGGGAAAGUGGCAUCGGCCUGCGACGUGAUGUCGCAAAGGCUGAAAUCACUGGAAGCGUUGGCAAAGGGCAUGAAGGUCGACUUGAUAAAGCAAUUGGAGUUGAUCCAGGUGGAGAACUAUGGACUGGCCAGUUCAAGCGAGCUCCACCAAGCAGGCAGGACAGCCCACGAGGAGAACAAGAUCUAUGGCAAGGCCACCGGAAGGUUUCCCGAAUACAGGGAUCGCUUCAGAGACAAGGGCAAAGCGAAAGGCGAGAAAGGGGAGAGCAAGGACAAGGAUCGCGACAAGGAGAAAGGAAAGAAGGACAAAGGAGACGGCAAGAAGAAGCAUUAG